ACGUCCAAGGCAAACACUGCGACAGAUGCAAAAUGAACAACUACGGUUUGGCGAAAGAAAAUCCGGCAGGUUGUUCAAACUGCUUCUGCUUUGGAAGAACCACCCAAUGUGAGGACGCAAUACACCACUGGAAUGAAAUCACAAGGAUGAAGAGAAGUUUGGAAGAUGAUAAUGAAGUUAAUGGAGAUGAGCUGAUGCUGCCAAAAACCUUUAUGGGGGAUAUCACGUCGUCAUAUGGUGGCAACUUGGUCGUUGACACCGAUGGUAGAGACUUCGAAAUUUUGCUGGAAGGAAACUCCGUUGAACUCCGAACUGCGAGCAAUUCCAACAAGCUUCAGUUGGUGGAGUCUGGAAAUUGGCGAGUGACAUCUAAGAAUCCAUAUUUUCCUAACAGCUGUAUAGAUCGUCUGACCAGAAGUUGUUUGAUGGUGGUUCUGCAGAAAGUAACUAGGAUUCUAGUCAAAGCUAAUAGCAGGAUAAUGAAAGUGACGCUGGACAAAGCCAGUGGCGGGGAAACUAAUUUUCCAGUUACGCACACCAUAGAAAAAUGUCGAUGUCCCAAGGAGUAUACAGGACUUUCCUGCCAAAACCCUAAUAGGGGUUACUACAGAUAUUUUCCGAGGGAUCAGCAGAGCUCCUGGAUAGAUCGAGUCGUAGGAGUGGCGAGAAAAUGCGAGUGUGGCGGGCACUCAAGUGAGUGUGACGCAGAAACGGGGUUUUGUAAGAACUGCGGCAAAAACACCACAGGUAACCAUUGCGAAAAGUGUACUGAAGGACUCUACAUGGACAAAAAUGGAAAUUGCGCCCCCUGUCUCUGCCCUUCUGUUGAACAAAACAACGCCAAAAGUUGCGCCCAGACGGAAGAAACCUUCAGAUGUGAAUGCAAAGAAGGUUACACCGGAAUUUUCUGUGAGAAAUGUGAUACCAGUUUCUACAGGAAACAAAACUCUACAGUCUGCGAACCCUGUAAAUGUAAUCCGCUAGGGAUUAUACCAGAAACACGAGGAAGUUGUAACAAUUUCGGAAAAUGCCGCUGUAGAAAUGGUUUCAACGGUGCCAAAUGUGACCAAUGCACUGGGAACAGAGAAUAUUUCAUAAAUGGAUUUUGUGAACGUUGUGACGAAUGCACCAUGAAACUUCUGGACUUAGUAGAUAUUCUAAAAAAAGAUGUUGAAAAUGUUUUUGAACUGUUCAAAAACGGAACGGGGCCUCCUUGGAAAAACUUAACCGAAACAAUUGACAAAUUAGACGGACUAUCAGAAAAACACUACGACAGAUUGGAAAGGUUCGAUAGGCUUCUAGAGAAAGCCAACCUCACAGGAUACAGAGCCAAAAUAACACAAAUGGAGAAGAAACUGGAUAGAAAUAAUAUCGAGGCUAAUAACAAUUUGCAUAAAAGUGAGAAGCUGCUUGAAAACUCGACCAGGUUGUUGGAAGAAACUGAAGAUCUUAGGGAACAAUUAGUAUCCAUCAUAGAAGUCCUUGGAAGCUCUGGAACGAAACAAAUGAGUCUUGAAGAAGCCCUGGAUAGAGCACGUGGUAUACUGGAGAAAAUUGAAGAGGCUUCGAAAAAAUUCAUCAACUACAGCAAUGACACUUUGUCGUUCUGCAGUAAAGUUGCGCAAAAAGUGGCCGCUCUGUAUACAGGCCCGUCAAAUAUACCAGAGAACAAGCUUGAAGGACUCAAGAAGAAACUAGAAGAUCUUUCCGAUGUAAUUUCCUUCGUCGAAAAUCUGGCAAAGCUAGCAGAAGCAAAAAACAACGAGAAUGCUAAGGGAAUAGAAAGGCUCAAAGGAAAAAUCGAAACACUGAAUACUGAGAAUGAAAAUCACGAAGUUGCUGUUGGCGAUAUCAUCAAGAAGAGCGAUGCCAUAACAGAUAUGCUGGAUAAGCUUUCGGAAGUCUAUGCUGACCUGGAAACUGUAUCGGAUUUUGAGGAGUUCAAGGAUGUUGAGAACAGAGUGAAGAGGCAGAUGAAGGAAAUUCCCCAGAUACAACAGAUUUAUUCUAAAGCCGUGCAGCACGUUAAAGAAUUGGAGGCCAAAGUCAAUGAGUAUCACAGUUUAUUCAACUUCACCAAAGAUGAAUGGAAAAAAAUUAACGCUAGUGGAGCAUACGAAGCUAUAAUAGCCGGUAUCGAAGAAGCCAGGACAUCUAUGAAAGAGUCUAAAGAAGUUUUGAAAAAUGCGAUUACGCUUCUAGAUCCAGAGAACACAGAUGGUCUGGAUGACAGAACAGAUUAUGCUCAUGCUUAUUCUGACAGGCUGAAGAAAAAGAUAAGCAAUUUGACCGAUAUAUCAAAAAAUUUGUCCGAACUACAGAAUAAACUGGUUGAGCUGAAAUACGGUAUUUCAAAAAACGGAAAAGCAAACAACAAUCUGACUCAAAUAGUCCUCAGAAUCAAUGAUGAUAUCACAUCUCAAACCAAAAUAGUCCUUCAACUGGAAGAAGCUUUGAAAAAUAUGUCGAAGAUUUCUAAAGACAUGGAAAGCAUCCAGGGCGAACUUGAAGAAAUGAGUCUGGAAAAGCUGACCGAUCUGUUGAAGAAGUACCAAAAUUCUGCUGAGCUUGCUGUGCCAAAAGAAAUAGCAAGCGUCAUCGGUAAUGUGUCAGAUGUCAGAAAGAAAUUACAAACACAAGCUGUUUUGCCUGAGAGAGAAGAUGAAUAUCAAGAUAGAACGAACAGGCUGGAGAAACUUAGAAACAACAUGGAACUGUUACAAAGCAAAAUCAAGCAAGCGAAGCAGCACGUAGACGCGAUUGAGAUUGCCAUGGAUCUCAACAACUGCCAAAUGUCUUACAGACUAUCCGAUCCACAGCUCUUCCAAAGUCUCGCCAUAACCUUCAAAUGCCAAGAGUGUAUGCUUUUCAAAUGGUCCAAAGGCAACAAGGAAGUUUUGAAACUUGCCGCCGAGAACCAGGCAGUGACGGUUUCAGCUGAAGGAAAAGCAUUUGACAUUCCUUUCGACAUCACCAAGGAGACAGUAAUCCAUCUAACAAAGGUAGGUGCCCUUUUAAAAGUCCAGAUUGACGAUGAGGAAAAGAGCGAGAUAGUUACAGAAAUGUCCGUCAUGAGCCCCGAAGAUAUUCUUGAAAUCGGAUCCCUGACAACGAAGUCUGUUCCAGACAAGGAAUAUGUCGCCAAAGUUUUGCUAAACGAAAACUACUUCGGUAUCUGGAAAUUCACAAAUAGUUCUGGUUCUUGCAAAGGAUUGAACAGAAAUAUCACUUCCGUCGACACUGGCAAGAGAAGUUUCUUCAACGGGAAGGGAUACAGGGAGUAUGGGAUCAACCAGUUUUUGAGUCCCAGAGAGCUAGCUUUGAAAUUUUACUUCAAUACUUUUGAUGAGAACGCAACUAUCUACGUGAGCAUAUAUGAGAAGAACUGCUCGUACAUAGCCCUAUUCCUGAAAAAUGGCCACGUCAAUUUCGUCACAAAACACAGUAACGGCCAAGAGGUUCUUCUGUCAAAGAAACUCAGAGUCAACAACGCGUUGAGACACAAUAUUGAAAUCGGUAUGACCUUCGAGAAAGGGAUCCAAACGUACAGUCUCGUUGUUGACGGACAAAAGCCGAAAAUUGUAGACGAGCAGCUGAAUAAAAAAAACGUUUUCAAGAUCAAGGAAGCCAGACACUACCUUGGAGGUGUUCCUCCGACUUUCAACAAAGCAUGCGUCCCCAUUGACACUGCGUCGCUUUUAGGAUUCUUGGGGCAAACUUCACAGAAAUACGAGCUAACCAAUGAAACUAUUUCUUACGGUAUCAUCAAAACUUCCAGAGAUGCAAUAACUUUUAACAAGGCAUGGAUUCACCGCAGUGGUCAGAUCUCAAUUGAAGCAGCCUUUGGAAAACUCCACAGCAUCAGCUUCAUCCUCAGACCCGUGAGUCCUAGCGGGGUUAUCAUGAAAUUCGAUAAACUCAACCAAAGGAGUAUCAACACUAUAGCACUCAGCGAUCUGAAACUAGCCAUCAAUGGGGUAGAAUAUAAUUUCACCACUCUCACAUUGAACGAUUAUAAUAACGUAGAAUUGAAGAUGACAAAAGAAGAUAAAAGUUUGACGAUCAAUGGCAAGACAGAGAAGCUCGAGGAUACCAAGAGAAUGGUCAUGGAUUGGGUUCAAAUCGGGGACGAGAUCAGUGGUUUCUCUGGAGGUAUCAGAGAAAUCGUUAUAAACGAAAGGUUAUUGGCAUUCAACGCAACAACUGUGAAAAACUUCUCAAACGUGGAAAUCGGCAGAGAAAAACCCCUACCGAAGUUAACCAGUUCCGCUCCCAAACUGAGAAGUCUCUCCAUUCCAAAUCUGUCGAACUCGAUGCAAAAUACUGAGAGAUGCAUAGAAUUCAACAGUCCCAAACCAAUACCGGGUGCCGACAAAUUUCUUGGUAGACCAGACAGCUACGUCCAUGUAAAAACAAAUUUCUGGAGAAAAGACAGGGCGCUGCAAUUCGACUUCAGGACCUUCAGUCCAGAUGGCUUGAUUUUCAUCUCGAGAGGUAGGCGCUCGAGAUAUAUAUCCUUGGAGUUGCAAGAUGGUCAGUUGUGGCUAAAUAAAAAGGCUGGAAAGAAAAAGUUCAGGUCUCUUCCUGUAGCAUCCAACCUACUCAGUGACGGUGAGUGGCAUGUCGUUCAAUUAAAGAAAACUAAAAACAAAUUGCUCAUCAAAAUCGACAACACUCAGAAGAAAACUAGAUUCAGCAUAAAUGUCGCAGAUGAGAUAUAUUUUGGGGGGGAUCCCCACCAUAAGGAAUCUUCUAGGAAGAAUAAAAAGAUACAGAGUUUGCAUUUCUUCAGAGGUUGUAUGAAGUCACAUUUUUUUUCGGAAGGCAGUGAUGAACUCGUAACUCGUUCUAAUGUUGGUCGAUGUUUUUCUAAUGUUGAAGAGGGUGCAUACUUCAACGGAAAUGCUUAUGGCACAAUUACAGCCAAUUUCCGAGUAGACGAAAUGAUGGAACUCAGCUUCGAAUUCCGCACCUCGGAACAGAACGGCAUUCUCCUGAGCGUUUCAAAUCACGGGGACUCUCCAGCUCUAUCGGUGGAACUACAGAAUGGAGCUAUCGUCAUGGCAGUGAACGUAGGAAACGGUGUAGUAUCAAACGUUACCAACAAUCUCGAUUCGGCCUUUUCACUCUGCAACAAUAGAUGGCAUAACGUGACCGCGGUGUAUUCCACUUCAGAGCUCACGGUCAACGUGGAUGGAAUCAGGAAGAGUUGGGUGGUGUCUGAUGUCGAUUCCGGCAUGGGUGAGAUGGAAGCGCCAUUGUAUAUUGGGGGAUUGCCAGAUGAUGCCCCUAAAGGUACCUCAAAGUCCGCAAUGAACUUUAAAGGAUGUUUGAAGAAACUAAGAGUGAAUUCUGAGCUGGUGGAUUGGUCAGAAAUGAAAAAAUUGAAAGACGUUAUGUUGGAUUCUUGUCCAACGGACCACAGCUAGUAAACCGUUCAGGCACAAUCAAUAGCCCGCGGUUUCACUGUAUUUUGUUUUCUGUUCAAAUUUGUCUCGAGCUGAAGAUUUGUAACCAAACCAAAUGAAAGUCUAUAGUAUUAUGUACUGAUAUGUAUUAUAAAACCCCAUAGCAAUUACGACACACUGUAAAUAGUCCAUGUAAAUACUUAUUUAAUUCUGUGAAAACUGCCAUAACUUGUCUAGUGGAUGUAAGUAGUAUGUUUAGGAAGUCCUUUGUAUAUAUUCAGAUGAAGUGUUCACAGUUCCGAUGAAAAUGAAAUCUUCAAUUGUAUUAUUGUUACUCCUCACCUUUCAUUCACAGUGAAUAUUUCAGAAGCCUUUGUUGUCAUCAGAACCAAUAAGUUGUAAAUUGCAAUUGUUAAUGAAUUAAAUAGUUAUUUACCCUA